AUGCCACACUUCCCCAUGAGUUCGGGUUUCAAUUCAAGCGAUGCAUCCAGAAACGUGCAUCCUUCAGUCCAAGUAAAGAACCGCCGGAAGCGGUACCUGGAUCUGCAUCCAGAGUACUUUUCGGCGGAUCUUGAGCUCGCCGACCCGUUGUUGUAUGAUCGCCUUAUCCGCCGAUUCCAGACACCACAAGAGAGGGAGGCCCAGGGCCGUGAGAAGGGGUUCUCGGGCGUCUUGCAGGCAGACAUGCAACGCUCUGAGGCGAAGAUGGAUGCUCUUGCGAAUCCGGACCCCAACGCAAUGCUCAGCUAUACUCGUGGACCUGAUGGGGAGAUCCUUGCUGAGGACCGUGAUGACAUCCCCGCUAGCAAGGAGGAUGGAGAGAAGGCCUGGCAGUGGGAGAUGGGGUUGCGAUUCAUGAGAGGCGAUGAUGACGAUUUUGACUAUAAGGCUGUCGACGAGAAUGAUGACUACGAUGAUUGGACCGAAGAGCAGGACAAAUACUUUGAGGAUGAGGAGCCUGAGUGGGUGAUCGAUGAUGCCCGUGGCGAUGAAGCUCGGUCGAGACUGCAGGGUGAGACGGGUGUGCAGGAUUUCUGA